CAUCGUGAAGAUUUUUGUCGGAAUGGAAUACGAAUGUCCAAGGGGUCACAGAUUUAUGAUGUCGACUUCAGAAAAAAUCUUGAGGGCAACCACAGGUUUGGUUAAGGAGUCCGGCAGUCGCGUUGCAGGCUCCGACAUGCCCCUUUUCCACGAAUGCCCAUGCUCAUCGGCCUCGAGUACGUCAUCGACCGGUGCCGGAUCAUCUGCAGUCGGUUCUGGUAAACUGGCUGGUGUGGCUGGUCAACAAACAUCUGCGGUAGUUCAGCCCAAACAAAUGUUUGUAGCUCAACUUAUGCGAGUGCAUGUUGUCACUCCGAAAGCACCUGUACAUGUCACACUUGACCCCAAAGUCCAAACGGCUUCCAACUGUUCUUCAAUCCCCGGCCCCAUUUUCAUAACCGGCGUUCCCGACGGCGGCGCGCGUCUGUCGCAGAGCGCCUACUGGGUGCUCCGUCUGCCCUACGUUUACCAUGCCGACGGGGGCCGCAGUUCGCCUUCACACGAAGCAGCCUUCUAUUCGACUGGUGUGAUGACCAGGACGCCACCAGGAGGACGCCUGUUGGCUGGUAUGUUCGGGAUUGCAGAGAUGGAGAAGGGUACUGCUGCAGAGUAAUGGAUCGAAGUAAAUUAAUGGACAGUUAACAAUUGUAUGAAUGGAAUUGAAAGAGUUAUAAAGGGUUUUGUUAUAAGUGUUGUAUAAGUUAUUUUUAUUAAUAUUGGGAAUAAGUUUGUUUAUAAUAAAUAAGAUAGGUUUGUUUUUGAUAUGUGGUA